UUGCCCGGGCGACGACCCCACCUUUUCCGGUGCGGGCCCGCGGCUUCCGGCUGGGGGCCCGGCUGCGGGCGGCAGUCCAGCAGCGGCUGGGCCCGGGGGGCGCCCAAGAUGGCGGCGGGCGGCGCAGAGGGCGGCUCGGGCCCCGGCGCCGCCAUGGGGGACUGCGCGGAGAUUAAGUCGCAGUUCCGCACGCGCGAGGGUUUCUACAAGCUGCUCCCGGGCGACAGCGCCGCUCGCAGGUCGGGUCCGGCUUCCGCCCAGACCCCGGUGCCGCCUCAGCCACCGCAGCCCCCGCCCGGCCCUGCCUCCGCCACCGGUCCCGGCGCUGCAGGCCCCGCGUCGUCGCCGCCGCCUGCAGGCCCUGGACCCGGGCCCGCGCUGCCCGCCGUGCGCCUCAGCCUAGUGCGCCUCGGGGAGCCCGACAGCGCCGGGGCCGGGGAGCCGCCCGCCACGCCCGCGGGGCUGGGCUCGGGAGGAGACCGCGUCUGCUUCAACUUGGGCCGUGAGCUCUAUUUCUACCCAGGCUGCUGCCGCCGUGGGAGCCAACGGUCCAUUGACCUCAACAAGCCAAUUGACAAGCGGAUCUACAAGGGCACCCAGCCCACCUGCCAUGAUUUCAACCAGUUCACUGCUGCCACCGAGACCAUCUCGCUGCUGGUGGGCUUCUCAGCGGGUCAGGUGCAGUACCUGGAUCUCAUCAAAAAGGACACCAGCAAGCUGUUCAAUGAGGAGCGGCUGAUCGACAAGACCAAGGUGACGUAUCUGAAGUGGCUGCCGGAGUCGGAGAGCCUGUUCCUGGCAUCACACGCCAGUGGCCACCUGUACCUGUACAACGUCAGCCACCCCUGCGCCUCGGCCCCGCCCCAGUACAGCCUGCUGAAGCAGGGCGAGGGCUUCUCUGUCUAUGCUGCCAAGAGCAAGGCACCCCGCAACCCGCUGGCCAAGUGGGCGGUGGGUGAGGGGCCCCUCAACGAGUUCGCCUUCUCGCCCGAUGGCCGGCACCUGGCCUGUGUGAGCCAGGACGGCUGCCUGCGUGUCUUCCACUUCGACUCCAUGCUCCUGCGCGGGCUUAUGAAGAGCUACUUUGGGGGCCUGCUGUGUGUGUGCUGGAGCCCCGACGGCCGCUACGUGGUGACGGGUGGCGAAGAUGACCUGGUCACCGUGUGGUCCUUCACCGAGGGCCGCGUGGUGGCUCGAGGCCAUGGCCACAAGUCCUGGGUCAACGCUGUGGCCUUUGACCCCUACACCACACGGGCAGAGGAGGCGGCGACAGCAGCCGGUGCUGAUGGGGAGCGGAGCGGCGAGGAGGAGGAGGAGGAGCCCGAGGCUGCAGGCACAGGCUCGGCCGGGGGCGCCCCGCUGUCUCCACUGCCCAAGGCUGGCUCCAUUACUUACCGCUUUGGCUCGGCAGGCCAGGACACACAGUUCUGUCUGUGGGACCUCACUGAAGACGUGCUCUACCCGCACCCGCCCCUGGCCCGCACCCGCACCCUCCCUGGCACACCUGGCACCACGCCACCGGCCGCCAGCAACUCGAGGGGUGGCGAGCCUGGCCCAGGCCCCCUGCCUCGCUCGCUGUCUCGCUCCAACAGUCUCCCGCACCCGGCGGGUGGGGGCAAGGCGGGCGGCCCGGGUGUGGCCGCAGAGCCUGGCACACCAUUCAGCAUCGGCCGCUUCGCUACGCUCACACUGCAGGAGCGGCGGGACCGGGGGGCCGAGAAGGAGCACAAGCGCUAUCACAGCCUGGGCAACAUCAGCCGGGGUGGCAGUGGCGGCAGCAGCAGCGGUGGGGAGAAGCCCAGCGGCCCUGUUCCCCGCAGUCGCCUGGACCCCGCCAAGGUGCUGGGGACCGCGCUGUGCCCGCGCAUCCAUGAGGUGCCCCUGCUGGAGCCCCUUGUGUGCAAGAAGAUCGCCCAGGAGCGGCUCACAGUCCUCCUGUUCCUGGAGGACUGCAUCAUCACUGCCUGCCAGGAGGGCCUCAUCUGCACCUGGGCCCGGCCGGGCAAGGCGUUCACAGACGAGGAGACCGAGGCCCAGACAGGGGAAGGAAGUUGGCCCAGGUCACCCAGCAAGUCAGUGGUAGAGGCAGUCCGCUUUCCCCAGAGGAGGAGUGCAGGCCUGCUUCCAGCCCAGCGCCUCCCACCCCUUUUCAUAGCAGGAAAAGCCAGAGCCCAGGGAGGGAACGGACCUGCGAGUCACACAACUGGUGAUCCACACCAGCGGCUGGAGCAGGACCCUCUCGGGAAGAAGAGCCUCCCGCCCGCAGCCAGGGCCCUCAUCAAAGUCCUCAGUGGGUGUUUUUUAAAUUAUCAGAACUGCCCAGAACCGCAUUUCCCAGGCCCUGCCCAGCUGGGACUCCUCGGUCCUUGCCUCCUAGUUUCUCAGGCCUGGCCCUUCCACUCUGGAGAACUGUCCACCCUGGAAAGAAGAGCUCAGAUCCCUCUUGGCUCUCGGAGCCGCAUGGAGUGUGUCUUCCCGCGCCACCCUCCACCCCCCGAAAUGUUUCUGUUUCUAAUCCCAGCCUGGGCAGGAAUGUGGCUCCCCGGCCAGGGGCCAAGGAGCUAUUUUGGGGUCUCGUUUGCCCGGGGAGGGCUUGCCUCCACCACUUUCCUCCCCCAGGCUUUGAGCAGCAGGUCACCCCUGUUCAGGCUCUGAGGGUGCCCCUUCCUGGUCCUCUCCUCACCACCCCUUCCCCACCUCCUGGAAAAAAAAAAAAAAAAGCCAGUAUAAAGCAGAGAGCCUGAGGGCUAAAUUUAA